GUGUCUUGUAAUCUUGUAUAAACAUCAAUAUGACGUAACACCGACAAACCUAACCUAAAAACAAUGAAACUUGUCAACAGUUUAAGACAAGUAGUGAAUCAAGCCUUUGGAACAAUGGCAAGUCUACGCAUAUCCUUGGUUCAACUGGCAGUUGGUAAUGAUAAAGCAGUUAACAUCUCCAGAGCUGUAUCUUUUAUUCAACGUGCCAAAGAAGAACAAGCGGAUCUGGUUGUUUUACCGGAAUGUUUCAACUCACCGUAUGGAACAUCACACUUUUCUGCUUAUGCAGAAAACAUUCCUGAGGGUGAAACAAGUAUUGCUUUGUCCCAAGCUGCAAAGGAAUAUGGUAUACAUUUAAUCGGUGGAACCAUUCCUGAAAGAGAUGGUGACAAGCUGUAUAAUACAUCAACUGUUUGGGAUCAUCAGGGUAAUCUAAUAGCCAAACAUAGGAAGAUGCAUUUAUUUGAUAUUGACAUUAAGGGGAAGAUGACAUUCCGCGAGAGCGACACUCUCAGUCCUGGUAACGAAUUGACAACUUUUAAAGUAAAGGAUUGUAAAAUUGGUCUAGGAAUCUGCUACGAUAUUCGUUUUGAAGAGAUGGCCCGACUAUAUCGCAAUUUGGGUUGUCAGAUGUUGAUAUAUCCAGCUGCCUUUAAUAUGACAACCGGGCCACUUCAUUGGUCAUUACUUCAACGUGCCAGAGCUAAUGACAAUCAAUUGUUCGUUGCUUGUGUAUCGCCGGCUAGGGGUGAAGGUGCAGGAUAUAUUGCCUGGGGUCAUACACAGUUGACCAGUCCUUGGGCAAAGGUACUUCACGAAAUGGAUGAAAAGGAGGGUAUCGUUACAUGUGACGUGGAUUUGAAAAUGGUGGAGGAAGUGAGAGCACAAAUUCCCGUUUUUUCUCAACGACGCACUGAUCUCUAUGAUACCAUAUGGAAAGGAAAAAAAUGAGCAGUGGCCACAAGAAUCAUCGAAAUACUUUAUUUCUAGAUCCUUUAUAAGUAAGUUACUCUUAAUUAAUAAAAUAUGGAUUUCUCCUUAGAAGUCAGCAGCCAGUAAAUAAAAUCAUAAAAUUUACAAGGA